AUGUCCGAAGAAACAAUUUCAAACCCAAUAAUUAAAAUUGAACCAAGGCAGUAUUCUCCAGUUAAACAAGAACUUGAUGAUUAUGACAUUACUCCAGAAACAUAUUUAGAAAACGAGCGAUUUUUAAAUUCUGAUGUCACUAUAGAUGAAGAAAUCAAGAAAGAAACAAUUGAUGAUCAAGAUGAAGCUCGUUUCGAUGAGAAUUCUUACACGGAAAAUGAAGAAAUAUGCCUACAGCGAUUUUUAAAAUCUGAAGUAACAAUUGACGAAGAGGUUAAGUGUGAACCGAUUGAUGAGCAUGUUGCAGACACCAAUAAAAACAAAAAUAUUGAUAAUGUCGGUGAGUCAAGUGAUUUAGUGGAUAAUAUAAAUGAAUGCAAUAAUUCAUUUAAAAAAGUUUUAGGAAAACGUAAAACUACCCUAAACUUGAAACAACCCUUGAAAUGUAAAAUUUGCAAUAAAAAUUUCUCAAGAAUUAGCACCUUACGACGACAUAAAAUGAUUCAUACAGGAGAACGUCCUUACAAAUGUGAAACUUGUAAUAAAGCAUUUACAACAAAUGGUAAUUUAAGUCAGCAUAAAAAGAUUCAUACGGAAGAACGUCCUUACAAAUGCCAAAUAUGUAAUAAAGGAUUUAGAGCAAAGCAAGAUUUAAAACUACAUGAAUUUGUCCACACUAAAGAAAGCAAUCAUAAAUGUGCAGUAUGUAAAAAAACAUUCGCAAGAAAAAAAAAAUUAAGAAUGCAUGAAAUGAUCCACACUGGAGAACGUCCUCAAAAGUGUCCAUUAUGCAAUAAAUCAUUCACAAGAAAAGAAAUAUUAAAGCAGCAUUUAAUGAUUCAUACUGGAGAACGACCACAUAAAUGCUUAAUAUGCUGUAAAGCAUUUGCAAGACAAAGCCAAUUAAAACAACAUUAUUUUGUCCAUACUAAAGAAAGUAAUCAUGAAUGUGCAGUAUGUAAAAAAACAUUCGCAAACAAACAAAAUUUAAGUCAGCAUGAAAUGAUCCACACUGGAGAACGUCCUCAAAAGUGUGCAUUAUGCAAUAAAUCAUUCACAAGAAAAGAAAUAUUAAAGCAGCAUUUAAUGAUUCAUACUGGAGAACGACCACAUAAAUGCAAGAUAUGCAAUAAAGCAUUCAGAUUAAAACAACAUUUAAAACAACAUGAAUUUGUCCACACGAGAGAAAGCAAUCAUUAA